AUGCCUUCAACCUACUCACAACCAGUCUCAAAGAUUCCUCCGACGAAGCCCGAUACAAGGUCUCUCCCUCGAAUUCUCUGCCUACACGGCGGCGGCGUCAAUGCCGCUAUCUUCAAAGCGCAAUCGCGGUCCCUCAUACGCCAUCUUCAACACUCCUUUCGCCUCGUAUGGGCUGACGGCCCCUUCUUCUGCGAUCCCCACUCAGACAUCAUUGGCGUAUACAGUGACUACGCACCUUUUCGGCGCUGGCUACGAUGGCUUCCUGAACACCCUGAAAUCGAUGAGGAUACCUGUAUAGAAGAAAUUGGAUAUGCGAUGCGAACAGCAAUGGAAGACGAUGACCGGGAAGGCGGCACAGGCGAGUGGGUAGGCUUGAUGGGUUUCAGUCAGGGGGCGAAGCUAUCCGCAAGCCUACUGCUUGAACAGCAAGCCAGAGAAACCCAAGCCCGCAAAGAAGGAACAAAGAUUGCUACUGGUCUGACAGGAAUUCCAAGCAUAAGGUGGAGAUUCGGAAUAUUACUAGCCGGUCGGGCGCCCUUGAGCAAUCUAAACCCCGAGCUGAUGAAGAGCGACGCACUUGUGAGUGCGGGCAACAUCUCUGAAGGUUUUCAGUUCUGUAAAGAGGUGGACGAGGAAGCCACACUGCACAAACCAACGCUCCAUGUCCAUGGCAUGGCAGACCCGGGACUACAUCUCCAUCGAAAACUGUUACACGAAUAUUGCGAGGACUGCACGGUAACAUUGGUGGAAUGGGAGGGCGCGCACCGGAUACCACUCAAGAGUUUGGACGUGGACCGAGUGGUUGACGCGAUAUACGACAUGGCUGAGAUGACUGGGGUGAAGGUUUUGAGGACUGUUUAA